AUGGAUAAAAUGAACAUCUCUAAAUCUAAAAGACGGAGGAGUAAUAAAGAUUACACAAAUCUAGCUGUUAAUCAAACUUUUUGUGAAGAUCAAAACAGUUCUAAAAACAUAGUUUGUGAAAAAGAUUCUAUCAAUUCUUAUAUAAAACAGAAUAAAGCAGACAAUAAAAAUACAAUAUAUUCACAUGAUGAUAUAAUAUGGAAAUCAUUUAUUUGUGAUGGAGAAAUAAGGAGUUUUAAAAACAAAAUUAAAAGUCAAGCUAGGAAUACAAGUUUUUGUGAAAAACAAAACCAUAAUAAAAGUAAUCAAAAGCAAAGAAAAUUUUCUGAACAGGAUUCCAUUUAUGAUAAAUUUGAUCAGAAUAAAGCAAGUUAUAGAAACAGCAUUGAUUUACAUGAUGAUACACGUACAUCAAUAACUGAUUAUGGAGAAAGUGUUUUAGAAGAAAUCGAUGAAAAUAUUUUCAACUUAUCAAAAGAAUAUUCUCUUGCUCAUUGUGUGGCUGAAGAUUUACGAAUGGGAGCAGGCAUAGCUGUUGAUUUCAAGCGCAUCUUUGGUGGUGUUGGUACACUAGUUGAUCAGAAAUUAAAAAUAGGAAAUGUCGGUAUAGUGAAGCGCAAUGAUCAAUAUGCAUUUUAUAUAGUAACAAAAAAAUAUAGUAGUGGUAAACCUACAAUGAAAACAAUGGAAACAGCUCUUGGUUCACUUUUGAACAUAAUGAAAAAACACAAUUUAACAAAAUUAGGAAUACCCAAAAUUGGUUGUGGAUUGGAUAAUCUUGAUUGGUCUGAUAUAAGAUCGCUCAUCAUUGAUACAUUUUCUGGAUCUGGUAUUCAUGUAACUGUAUGUGUACCUUCAAAAUUAUUAGAUAAUAUGAGAGCACCGCCCAGUUUAAAAGUUUACAUCACACCUAACAAUUUAUGGGAGAUGGAAGCCGAAACAAUUAUUAUUUUAUUUAUUGAUUUAGAAGAAGUAUGCGGCAAGAAUUGGACAAACAAUAUAAUAGAUAAAGUGGAUGCUAAAUACCCAUUCAAACAAAAUUUGUUAAAAGACGUCAAACAUAAGAAGUUAGAGCCUGGUAACAUAACAUGCUACACUGUUAAUAACGAAGUAAUAGUUUGUAUGUUUAUCUCGCAAAAUGCAUAUUACAGUUCUUUAGAAAAUGGAUUCAAAUCCAUAGAUCGUAAAAUCAAAAAAUAUAAGUAUAUGGCUAUUCAAAGUGGACCUAUUGAACCUAGUGAUAAUUUCAAACCAAUAGCAUGGACAGUAUUAAUAUUACGAUCUGUAGUUAAUCGCUCUUCUGAAUUAUGGUUAUGUGGUGAUGUCAGACAAACAAAUGGCAUGGUAUACGAUCAAUAUUGUAAAAAUGUAUACAGCUCUAUGAAUUAUUCAUUUAAAUAA